AUGGGAACCAGCGCUGAUGUAGGGACCUCUGGGAACAGCAGUGACAGUGGCCCCUCCACUCAUUACAAUUUUGAAGGCACAGGGAUUUCAGCUCCAGUGGUCUACUUCGUGGAUUAUGUCACCAACUCCAUAUAUCUUGAAGAUAUUGUAGGCGCAAUUACUGUUCAAGAUCAUAUUAAUUCUGUACAACAGAGUGGAAAUGAUACCAGUAGCCUCCUUACCUUAGCAGAGAAGAUGGGCGAGCUGUUAGCAAGAAUGCACGAUGAAGAUCUUAUACAUGGGGAUCUUACAACUUCCAAUAUACUUCUGCGGCCACCCACAGAGAAACUGGACUUGGUGCUGAUAGACUUUGGACUCAGUUUUAUUUCAGGUCUUCCGGAGGAUAAAGGAGUUGAUUUGUAUGUUCUGGAAAAAGCCUUCCUUAGCACUCAUCCAGAUACUGAAACUAUGUUUAAAGCUUUGCUAAAGACCUAUGCAGCUACAUCUAAGAAAUCUGGUCCUGUGAUCAAAAGGCUAGAUGAAGUACGACUAAGGGGAAGGAAGAGAUCCAUGAUUGGGUAG